UGAACGAGCACUUGUUUUAGAGGCAUUACGGUAGAGAGCAAACUAUCCCCAACAUAUUCUCAACCAACACACAACCCGAAUAAUUCAACACUGAUUUACCAGCGAACGAGCGAGCGACAGAUGGGAUGUCAAAAACUGAAUCGAUUAUCAUCAUUUGGACUUGUGGAGGGGUUAGGAUCUGAAUAACAGCGAGAUAGCAGGAUCAAAACAGAGUGAGGAGAGCCGGCCACGAAUAGCCCGAAAAGCUGCGUGCUUUCUCUCCAUCAACUUCCUCAAGAGCUGCGCAUUCAGACUGUGUGUGAGUUAGUGGCACUAGUAUUGUUCUGACUUCACUAGCUACAGUGCCCACUCCUAGAGAGCGAGAACGCACAACAAAAGGGCAAGAAAGGAAGGAAGCACGGACUAACUAACGAAGACGGUUGUCGUUGAAAGUAAUGGUCCUGCGAUACCAAUCUUAGAUCCCAAGAUUUCUCUCUUUUUGUUCUUUUGCUUUGCGUCUUUGUCGCGGUGAGUGGACUCGCCGGGUGGUGUUGCGCGGACCUGAAGCGGGGCUGUCCACAUGGUCCAGCUACUGGUGUGAAAGUUGACUUCUUCAGAAAACAAGAACAGGCAGAAGACCUGUAAAAGAGAGAACCAUACAUGAGUGCCACGUGAUGAUGGUGGAAUCAGCCUCUGAGACCAUUCGAACUACGAACUCCAAUCAGAACGGAGUCAGCAACCUCAGCAGCCAAUCGGACGGUGGGGGAGGGAGAGAAGGCGGUUCCAACGGGGACACCAAUGGGGAGAUCAGCCCAGUGGACCUACUGCACCUCCAGCAGCAACAGGCCCUGCAGGCAGCCAGACAGUUCCUCCUCCAACAGGCCUCUGGACUCAACUCCCCCAGCAGCAAUGAGGUUAAACAGAGCCCUGUGCAGGUGCCAGUGUCCAUGGCUAUGUUGACCCCCCAGAUGAUCACUCCUCAACAGAUGCAGCAGAUACUGUCCCCUCCUCAGCUACAGGCCCUGCUGCAACAGCAACAGGCCCUUAUGCUACAGCAGCUACAGGAGUACUAUAAGAAGCAACAAGAGCAGCUGCAUCUUCAGCUUCUGACUCAGCAACAGCAGCAGGCUGGGAAGCAGGCAGCCAAAGAGCAGCAGAUAGGUAACAAGCAGUUGGCUUUCCAGCAGCAGCUCAUUCAGAUGCAGCAGCUUCAGCAGCAGCACAUCAUCAACCUGCAGAGACAAGGCCUGGUCUCCCUACAGCCCACUAACCCCAUGCAGAGCCUGCAGCAAGCCAUGUGUCCAGGGGACCUACAGCAGCUGUGGAAGGAGGUGUCGGGGGUGCAGUCUGCAGAGGAGGCCCUGAAGCAGCAGCAGACUGGAGAGGGCCUGGAUCUCAGCACCAACUCUACCUCAUCCUCCUUCCCCAAAGCAAACACACACAGCACCCUGCACAGCCUGCACAACGGACAAGACAACCACACCCCAAAGAGAGACAGGUACAGAGACAGAGCAAGACUCUUUGAAUGGAUCUCCUCCUUCAGCAAGGCAGACCUCGGAGAUGAACACCUCACGCCUUACUCCAAAGGCGGCCCACUAUCCAGUAGCCACCAUGAGGAGCAUGCAGGUUCCCAUCCUCUCUAUGGCCAUGGAGAGUGUAAAUGGCCUGGCUGCGAGGCGCUAUGUGAUGACAUGGGACAGUUCAUCAAGCAUCUGAACAAUGAGCAUGCUCUGGACGACCGCAGUACAGCCCAGUGCAGGGUGCAGAUGCAGGUGGUCCAACAGCUGGAGAUACAGCUGGCCAAGGAGAGUGAGCGACUGCAGGCCAUGAUGACCCACCUGCACAUGCGCCCAUCGGAGCCAAAGCCUUUCAACCAACCUCUGAACCUGGCGUCCAGUGGCUCCCUGCUGAAGAGGGAGAGCGAGGCGUACCCCGAGGGUCUACCUCACCCCCCGACCUCCGCCACCGCCCCCAUCACCCCGCUCCGCCAGGGCCCCACUGUCAUCAGCUCCUCCAGCCUGCACUCACACUCACACUCACACUCACACCCGCACGGCGUGGGACCCAUACGCAGGCGCAACGCUGACAAGUUCUGCACCCCCAUCGCUUCAGGUAUACGAGAGGAGCUGGCACAGAACUGUGAGUUCUAUAAGAACGCUGAUGUCAGACCUCCCUUCACCUACGCCUCUCUCAUACGCCAUGCCAUUCUGGAGGCUCCAGACAGGCAGCUGACUCUUAAUGAGAUCUAUAACUGGUUUACGCGAAUGUUCGCCUACUUCAGGAGAAACACAGCCACGUGGAAGAACGCUGUGCGCCACAACCUGAGUCUGCAUAAGUGUUUUGUGAGGGUGGAGAACGUGAAGGGGGCCGUGUGGACUGUGGACGAAGUGGAAUACCAAAAGAGGAGACCACCAAAGAUGACCGGGAGUCCUACUCUGGUGAAGAAUAUGAUUUCAGGCCUGAGCUUUGGUUCCCUAAAUGCCAGCUACCAGGCGGCCCUUGCGGAGAGCAGUUUGACUCUACUGAACAGCCAGGGCCUGGUUAACCCCUCAUCUGCCGCCAGCCUCAACAUGCUGCAUGGGAUGGGUCACGAUGACGUCAGCUCCACUGUGGAACAGGUCAACAGCAAUGGCAGCUGCAGCCCUACACUCAGCCCACAGCAGUAUGGACACCAGGUCCAUGUGAAGGAGGAGCCCACUGAGGUCGAGGAGGACAGCCGCUCCAUGUCGCUCAUGGCAACUGUCACUCAGAACAUGGCAUUGCCUAGCGAUCGCGAUGACCGCGAUUUGGAGGAUGAGCUUCCCACCGAGGAGCUGGAGUAGGAUUGGAAGAGCUGAACCAGUGGACGGGACUUAGAGGUUUAAUCCCGCCCACUCCAUUGGAGUGAAGCGAAAUGAUGACCACAUAAAAAAGAAGAUAGAGAUAAAAAAGAGAAAGAUAAUGAUUUUUUUAAAGCAAGUAACCAACAACAACAUUGACAAACAGGGUUAGACCUCCGUUACAUACCGACGCAAAAAUAACCCUCUGGAGCAUUGCUUUAUCCCCACACAUUUUCACCCACCUCACCCCUUCCUCACUCCUUCCUCCCUCACCCUAUGAGCAGUGUAUUGUCAGAGAGCCAGCUCUCAGUGGUGAUAUGGAGGCAGGGUCCCCUCUUCUCUUCUCCUCUCUCCUCCUCUCCCUGCUGAUUGCGACAGAUGGUUUACCCAGUCCUUUAGUGCUGGCAGUUUGAUUUUCACACCACUUCAAUAUACAUACAGGUGUGUGAGAGAGAGAGUGUGGAGAUACACACACACACCAGAUCAUGUGUAUAUAUUUUUUGGAACAGUCACCAGGAGGUGUAUACCUUCUCCUCUUCGAUCAUAUUAGUUGCUUUUUCUUUUCUUAUUUUGCCUGAAAGAACUGCUGGGCUUUGAGAUGGAAGGAAGGACAGUGGUUUUCUCAAAGAUUACCCCACCUGCUCACACAUCAGAAACCAAGCAUACAAACCAGUCAGUGAUCCAUAGGUGAAACUGAGACUGGAUGGCAGGAUUCUGCCCUAUGCCCACUCUCUACCCAUUCUCUGCCCAAGCCAGACAAGACUCUCUUUACUCCUAAUGCCAAACAAAAAAAGAAUAUAUUGUUUUCCCCCCCAAAAAAGGACCCUUUGGUGCUUUACUCCUCCUUCAUGUGUGAUAGAGUGAUGGGCACAGGCCAACCUGAGAGAGAGAGAAAGGGAGGAAGGAGGGAUCAUCCACACAGAGAUAUCUGACUAAAAUAGUUUGAUUAUAGAAUACAAAACAUUUUAUAUCCAAAAAGUGGUAGCUUUUUCACUUCCUUUUUUCUUUGAUGUUAUCUUUGUUUAUUUUUUAGGAUUCAAAUUUCCAUGGUGAUAUAAUUCUGUUUCAAAGUGUAUUUUGUAAAAAUGCUUUGUUUCUUUAGUUUUUAACUCUGCUUGUUCACACCAUUCCAAACUAGUAUUGGUGGCAAAGAAAGCACAGCAUUGUCCCAAAAUUACCCAUACCACCCUGAAUCCCUUUCUGUGUGUCUGGGUUUGCCAGUUUAGAUGGCAGGAGAUUAAGAAUAGCACUUAGGAUCGAGGGCCUCAGCUCCUGAGAACACUCACCAAUUAUCCCGACAUUAUCAUCCAUUUGUAUUAUUCCUUUUUAACUAACUUUCAUUCCUUUUUAUUUUAUCUUCUCAUAGUUAGUUGAGAAACAUCAGCUGUGAUACAAAGCAAUGCUUUAAAAAAUAUAUUAUGGUGGUCAGAGAAUACCUCAUCCCACAAAGUGUCCGCCCGGAACUGUGUCCAAAAUGUUAAAGAAAUAAGGAGGAAUUCUUUGUGUGGUACACCAAAACGUGGCAACUCUGCUCAGUUUCAUUUCAAAGUUAUAUUGUUACUAUAGUUACUGUAUAGAAGCUGUCUGCAAUUCACUGUGUGAGUUGGACUCAAAGGAAUAGCACGUGAGAUUUAAAAUAUUUUGUUUUCAGUGAGCGUAAAAGCAUUACCUUCUCUGCAGUGCCAUACCAAAUUUAAACACAUUAUUUUUAUGUAUUUUCUGCUUUUUCUCCCAUUUUAUUUUUGUUACAGGUAACCAAAGAAAUGUGUAGAAAACCAAAAACCCUGUAGUUUAUUUUUCCCCUUUUGAGUUUUUCCUCUAAAGAACUGGCCAAAAGACAAUAAACAUCUGAAAUUUAAAUUAUUAUUGUAUUAUCGUAACUCUUACGUUGAAUUUGUUCAUGACAGUACUGACCAUUCCAAAAACCAAAGUAUAAAAUGCUAAAUAGAAUUUGGUGAUGUUAAAAGCUUUUUACAUGUGUUUAACUGGUGCGAAUGACGACUCACAUUAGGCAUGCUAUGGUUGAAGGCCAAAAACAGUAUUAACAAACAACCCUUUUGCAGUUCCUUAGAUAAAGAAAGAAAGCACUUAGGAUUUAAAGCUCUAUCUCUCCAUGCUCAGGCUACCUGUGUUUCAAACACAACCCUAAGACAGGCUCCGCUGUAGGCAAGCCUAAGAUGGGAUUCAGGGUUAAAGAUGACAAAUAAUUAUCUUACCCUCAUUAGGCACUUGAACACAACAUUUAUAUACCUUUAUGUGACACUAGAAGCCAGCAAAAAAAAUAAGUGGGCUGUUGUCAGUUUCAGUUGUCCAUUAACUGGGAUACCGGGUCAAAUAAAUACAUUUUUAUUGCACUGUAAUAAUGAAUGUUUUGAUUAAUUUCCUCAACCAAAACAAUAUUUUCAUUGUGAAACUCUAUAAAUUCAAACAUCCCUUUGUGCUAUGCAGGUGAAUGUAAUUUUUUUGACCCGGGUACCGGUUUGAUUGAAUAGGACCCAAAGUCCCAUUGUCGAGCAGUGAACGGUUUACUUACUGUACUUUCUUUACUCCUCACCUACAGGAUACUCUAGCAAACACAACAGUUUAACUAAUACCAAAAAGUACAGGUGUUAUAAUAAAUAGGAACAAAAUUAUAAUACUUCACUUUUAGAAUGUCUUCAUGCUCUCACAUUGCCAUAGAAACACAUUCAUAUCCCCAAGUCUCAGAUGUGCUGUGAGUAGUUGUGAUAAAGACUGUUUGAAGCUGGCUGUCAUCCCAAACAUCAUUCACAUCAGUAGACAUACAGGGAGGGUUUUUCAGAACAGACAUACCAUUAUGACCACUUGUGAUAUUUACAGCAAAGAGGGAACAACUGACAAAUGACAAAAUCAUACCAAUGUAAAAGGAACACACCAAGGGACAUGCCAACUUAUGUCUUUUUUUCUAAAACAAAAUUCGGGAACAGUUUUGUCAAAUCAACACUUGCACCAUUUUCUUUCUUUUUUAAUAGAGGAGUCUUUGUCUUGACUUCCUGUGUAAAACAGCACUGUUUCCUGUCUAAAUAGGGUAAUGAUGCUUCAUGUCAUCCGACUGAUUUAUAAAAAACAAAGCGGGAGAGGGACUCCUUGAAACAAGAGUAAAAACCAAAAAUAACACUACCUCCUUUUCAAAAUGGUUCACAAUAAAAGCCAAUGGGAGACUGGAGACCCGAAAUAUUUCUUCUUUUUUUUUUCAUUCUUCCUCAAUAAUAAUAGUGAAAUAUACCAAAACACAGCUUAUUGUUACUACACAUUUAGUGGGGCUGAAAAAACUUGUCUGGCUAUCUGGACUCCAAAUUCACGAGCUUGAGCGCAAAAACAAAGAGACUUUACAAUAACAUUACAUCCCGUUAAAGAUGACUACCUCUCCUAAAACCACAGAUAACUGGAGCGUUCUCCUAAGAGUGAAGAGUGAAGUGGUCACCAUGUUUAAAAAGGUGUACUCUCAGCUGUGUAUUAUUGGCUCUCUCUGUGCUGACCAUUAGCAUAUAGCUCCGUGAACAGCCUCUUAACUGGGUGCUCUAAUUGUAUGCACGUAUAUUGAUGAGCAGGCUUUGCCGGCAGCCAAUGAUAGUCCGGUAGUUAGCGGCGACUCAAUGGGGCAUGAAGCUGGUUGUCAGGAGUGAUGAUGGGCAGAAUAUAUGAGUGCCCUGCACCCGCCAUUGGGCCACACACACACACUAGUGCCCGCCACACGCCAGCGGCCCGCACUUCACAUGAAUGCAGAGAACAGCUUUAAGAUGGCAGCGAUAAAGGAAACACACACUCUGAACAGUCUAACACUCUACAGGCUGUAGUCAGUGUUCAGUCCGUAGUCCGCUGUAGUCAGUGUUCAGUCCAAAGGGCCCUUAGUAUCAGUCAGAAAGCCUCAUAGCUGGGAAUAAAAGCCCUGUGACAUGGAGCUGGCCCUUCACAGUGAAUAGUGGCCCCUGUCACUAGGAGCCGGGCCCCUGAUGGCCCCUUGGUUCAGACAACUGAAGAGAGGCUCUGAGUAACUAAAGAUACUAUCCAAAGACAAACACAGAGCUUACUGUACACCCUCACUUGCUGGGAGACGGACAAUAAUAACACGCUUACAAAGGAAUUUAUGAUUACUAUUAUUAAUAUUAUUAUGAUCCAAACUCUCACGAAAGAGGAACAGCUGCAUUCAGUAAAUAAAUGAUCUUUGAAUUCUCAUGCUUUAAGGUACACCUGUAAGCCAAGCUGUUUUAUGAAGAUGUAGAUUGACAUUUGUCAAUGAUGUUAACAGAUCGCCACAGACACUUCUGUUCCUUCUCCGGUUUUGCUGUUAUGAUGUAUUAUUGUAUAUUAACGCUUGGCUUAGCUCUCGAGGGCAUUCUUUUCCAUUAUGUCUUUUUGAUUUUCUCUUUUGUUAAUUUAGCUAUUGUAAAGCUUCCAGCUUGGAUUCUUAUACUGUAUUGCUAAUGCUGAAGUGUAUGUAUUUAUCAUAUUAAGUGCUGCAAGUAUCUUGGUUGAAUAGUUUUUGUUUUUUCCUUUUUUGUCGUUUUCUUCAUAAAACGUCUGGGACGAUCAUUUUUUAAGUGUAUUAUCUCUAAAAAAUAAAAUAAUUAAAGUUAGAUAAGUGGUUUAGGUAACACCUGUUUGUAUAUUUAUCUUAGCUAGGUCUAUUUUGAUACCUUUUGUCUCUGUACUGCAUUUUUAAGGAAAGAAAAAGAAAAACAACAGUAAAACAAAAAGUUUACUUCAUUAUGUAUUGAUGAUACCUCAGAAGGACUUUUCUCUAAGACAGGACCAAAACCUCAGAAAAAUGAGAGAAAGAGGAAAAUAAUUGAAGAAAAUAUGUAGCCCCUCUCUUGCUUUUAAAGAUGGAGCGAUGUAAAGGCGAUGUUGUUGGUCCUUUAUGUGCCAAUAUGUGUCCUCUGACCCCUGACCACAGUCAUUCCUCUGAUGACCUUUAACCCUCACAGCGGUCAAUCACUCCAUAGGGCAACUGGGCGUGGCCCUCAAUCACACACCUGAUGGCAUUUGUCCAAUUAGAAUCCUAAUUUCCUGUAGCCCCCCCACCCCCACAAUCUCUAAAGGCUUUCAGAGAUGCAGUUCAUCUUCAAUCAUGCACCAAAGGUGUUGUGAGUGGCCAUGUCUUAUCAGUUAACAGACCACCACAACCGUAACCAAACCAACCCUAGGCACUAAUCUUCCGCAAGCUACUUCCCAUACCUCAAACCAUUCUUCGCUAUCACCAUCGCCAUCAUCUCUUGGAUGAGCACUCUUCCUAUUAGAUCAUAAGUGACUCCAGGGACCUAAUUGGCCCCGCCCCUGCUCUAUGAUUGGACAGCUCUUAGAUGUCAUGUUGAGGAAAAGGGAACUUAAAGGAGAGUUGCCCCUGUUAUUAUGAACUUCACAGCCGCCCUAAAAAAUGGAACUACCACUUCAGCUGUCCUCUGGUUGUAUCUUAUGAAUCUGUGUACAUUUUCAGCAGUGACUUUCUGUAACGUUACUUAGUUUCAGUUUACCUCUCUUUUAUCUUUUUAUUUUGUUCUGUUUGUUUAUUUUUUGAAAGUGUGACCCAGGGGAAGGGGUUCAGUAGGAGUAGGCGGUGUUAAGAUGGUCUAAAAGAGGUUUAAAAAAAGGUGACUUUGCCACCGAGACCUUUGCCCUUUCCCCCUUCCCUGGGUGGCCAUGUAAUGCCAGUCACUGCCCUUUUCCUCAUGCUGUAUAAAACACACACACAUAUAUCUGUGUAUUUGUAACCUGAAUCUUCUUGUGUCUGUCCAUGCAGACAAUAAAAACAACUGUACAGUAGGUCUAGUUGCAUGUAAUCUGUACUAAUUAUUGACAAUGGCAUUAUAAAAUGCAAUAAAAUACUUAUUACACUGUC